AUGCACAAGCAGGCACAACUAGGAACAGCAGCAGCGGGGAGUUACCUACACAUCUAUCCUCCUCCUAUUAAACAAGCUAUAGACGAGAUGCUAGAAGAUCUACCAAACCCAUCUUUCGCUCCGGGUAAAACCGGGCCCCGACUAUGGGAGGAUCUACUGCAAUACUCGCCGCAAAUCAAGGGCGCAAAUAUCCUCGCGAGACAGCCUCCAAAAUUCGAAGGCAAAGCCUUAAGCACCCCCGGGCAUAAGCACAUGCUCUCGCAGCUCACAGAUGACUGUGUCCUCCCGCUCUCGGACGUACUAGAUAUUUCUAAGUCAUAUAACGUCGCUGCCAUCUGUGACGAGUGCCGGCUGCAUUUCAAUAUCGAAGUGAAAUUCACGAAAAACAAGAAGUACGACGAUUGUAGCAUCUGCCCAGUGGGGGAUCCACUUCACCACUUUCGAUAUGAGGUAGAACUUUCGGAACCGGUAGAUUCCACUAAGCAAUACCCACAAGGGAGAUGGGUGGAUAAGUUAGUCUUCAGUUGCUCGGGACCAGCAUGCCCGACUAUUGUGACAAUCACGACGAAAGCUCCAAUCUUGAGUCCAGAGUUGACGUCUUUACUUGUCGAUCCAGAGGUUUUGAGGGCACGAAUGAAGGAUGCUCAAGAAAGCUUUCCAUAUUUGUUCGCCGAAGAAAGUGAGAUCGUGCCGGCCCAGCCAUAUGGUGCACUUGCGACGCUGCUCACGUAUAUCAAAAAUGCGAAGCAGAGAGAUCAAAGGCCUAUACCCUCACAGAACCUGAGGUUUGUGACGAACAUUGGGAGGGACGCGGCAGUGCUGCUGAAGCUGGCUGGGUUUACGAACAGCGAGGAGGGUGAAACCUGGAAACCGCCAAGUUUGGAGAUGUUGGAUAAUCCAGAGUCAGGUGUUUUUAAAAACAUGCAGGAUAUGUUAGAAGAGAUCAUGAUUCUUAUGGAUAGGCGCAAGCCUGAUUGGGGCAAAUCGGAUGUACGACAGAAAAUUGUACGAGCAAAUAAAGAAAUAAAAAGGCUCUUGGGAAACGAAAAAUACCCUUGCGCUACUAGUAAUUGGACCAUAGACCUUACCAUCCCCGAACACCCAUAUUAUGCAGGCAUUGGAGCAGUAGGGGAUUUCGCGGAUCCUCUAGUUUUCUGGGCGUUCGAACGACAGAGCGCAUGCGAUCCUGAUAAUAAACCUUACUAUUUCCAAUGUCUUGAGGACGUCGCUAGAGGGCGUCACAGCGAAAUGCUAAAUAUCGAAGUUGCCAAGGCACGCUCCGAAGGAGCAUAUACUCUCGCCGAGUUAUCAGCAAGUUACGAAUAUUUUGGUAUUAACCCAGAUAAAUAUAAUAGCGAUGAGACAUUUAUUAUCGGGUCGUUUGAAAGUCGUGUGAGAGAUGCUCCAGUGCAUGAGCAUCAAGCAAGAGCCAACUUAAGAAUCAUUGGACAUGCGUUAAAGAGUCAGAGGAUAUUGAAUGCGUCAGAUAAAGUGUCAAUUCGAGAUAUCAAUACUGCCUAUGACUGGCUUGACGUCACGUCAGCAACGCCAGACGACUUCAUUUUGUCGGCGUAUAAAGUUAGAGUCGGUGAUAAUGCAAUGGAUGAGAGUACGGGGAAGGAGGCACUGAAGAUCAUCGCGGAAGCUCGGCAGAGCCAUGUCCUGCUCACGUUUCUCGAGACAGGCGCGAUUGAAACUCCUAUGGAAACUGGCGCCGCGUACGCUCGGUUGGGAAUCGAUGAUAGAUCAAUCUCAGAUGAUCUGGUCAUAUCUGUCUUCAAUUUCAGGCUGCAAGAUGAUCCAAAGCGUAUGCAAGAGUUAAGAGCAGCUCUCAGAGCUAUUGCGAGUAGUCGUGAUAGUGCCAAAAUCAAGAACUUCUUGGAAACAGGGCAGUCUGAUCAACCUAUUAUGGGUUCCGCUGACUCACCGGUUGGUAUCGAAAAUAUCGGAAAUACAUGCUACCUGAAUAGCCUGUUACAAUUCUAUUUUACCGUCAGGCCUCUACGAGACAUGAUUCUAGAUAUCGAUAAUUUCCAAGAGAUGGAAAUCACCGAUGAAGUGAUUCAACGGAAGAGAGUUGGUGGAAGGAAAGUCACUGCGCAGGAGGUUGAGAGAGCGAAGAGAUUUGUUCGCUGCCUUCGUACCCUCUAUCAGAAUUUAAUCGUAUCUGCACAAUCAUCUGUCACCCCUGAACGUGAGUUGGCUUAUCUAGCGCUUGUGAGCUCUAAAGAUGAGGCGGAGGACGAGGUGAGACGUGGGUCAAUGACCGCCAUGGGUCCGGCGCCACCUCUCAUCAACGUUACUGAUGAAAAUGAUAAAAUGGAAAUUGAUCAAAAACCAAUGUCUACUCCUGAAGCCACUGGUGAUGAUGACGCCAGUGAAGCCACUUUGGUUAACGAUGACCCCCCACCUCCAUAUUCUGGCCCCAAUGAAGAAGAUUAUGUUAUGGUCAAUAUGGACACCAAACCAACCCAUAUGGAUAAUAAAGAGAACUACUCGCCAAAAACAGAAGGCCUCUUUGGAUUUAUCGGCCCUCUAAGGCCUCCUCUCCAGGGGGUAGAUCUCAAUGAAGGAUCUGGUGGGUUUCAAAAGGGGAAAGAAGUUGAGGCACCGUUAACCCCACCACCGGAGGUACCAAAUAGGCCGCCACCGCCGAUUCCACCGCGCCCAAAACGGGAGGACUCUUCCAAAGUGGAUAUGAUGAUGUUCGGGAAACAACAGGAUGUUACAGAAUGCAUUGGGAAUGUACUUUUCCAACUUGAGGCGGCAAUCAAGCCCGAGGAGAUUGAUGAGAAUGGGGAACAAAUUGACAUCGUUAAGCGUCUCUUUUAUGGAAAAACAAAACAAACGUUGACCUUUCCAAACUCUGCCGACACACGUAUUAAAGAGGAGCUAUUCUCGCAUUUGCUAGUUAAUGUUGCUGAGGGUGAUAGAGAUAUUUACUCGGCUCUCGACAGUAGUUUUGAUAUCGAACAAGUUGAUCUUGAGGGUCGUGAGGCUAGGCGCUACCUUUCAAUUAGUCACCUCCCACCCAUUCUUCAGAUUCAAGUUCAGAGAGUUCAGUUUGACCGAGCGAGAUCUGCGGCAUAUAAGUCGAAUUCGCAUCUGAAGUUUGACGAGACAAUCUACCUAGACAGAUAUAUUGAUACAGAUAACCAGGACCUCAAAGAGAGGCGCGAGAAGUCCUGGCAAUGGAAGGAGGAAUUGAAAAUUCUAGAGAGACGGAAAGUUUCGAUGACGAAAACACAGGCUGGUGUUAAGCUAUCGGAAGCUUUAGACCUUACGAGGGAAUGGCUGUCUGGGAUUGAUAGUACAGAGGAUGAUAUGGAGAUAAAUCCUACUGUUUUGGCUGAGCUUGAGGAAAGAUCAAAAGCAAUGAGAAGAGAACUUGAGGUCUUGGAACAAGAUAUCAAAGACCGCGAAUCUCGUAUCAAUUCGCAGUUCACGGACAUGCGUAAACAUGGUUACCGUAUCCACUCCGUAUUCAUCCAUCGCGGUUCGGCCACUUUCGGCCACUACUGGAUUUAUAUUUACGACUAUCAAAAAAAGGUUUUCCGCAAGUAUAACGAUGGAUAUGUUACAGAAGUUAGUAAUGUAUCAGAGGUAUUUACGCACGACAGCAAUAAUAAUCCACCGACUCCAUAUUUUCUCGUCUUUGUGAAAGAAGAGGAGUGUACAACCCUUAUGGAGGCAGUCAGACGGGAAAUUAUUAUGGGAUGA